CAACUAUUCCAGACGGACUUGAAAUUUGAAAUAAGAGAUGAUUGGAAUUUAAUUUGAUAACAAGUCCGCCUAUCAUUAUAUUAUUUCCUCAUAACCUACACUUUUUCAUACCACCGCCUCAUUUCCCCCUUUUUAUUACGUUGUGUGCUAUCGCGAUAGAUUACUUUGUCGUCGUCUACCUUCUGCUCAUACCCUAAAUCAGAUUUUUUUCCCCACAAUUCACCUCCGCAUUUGAUCAUCAGAUGGCGGCUAAGCCCCUAACUACUGAGGCAAUCGCUCUUACAGAGAAGAAAAUGGAUAUGUCAUUAGAUGACAUCAUCAAAAUGUCAAAGACUCGUGCAAUGAAGCCUAACAAACAAAGAGUUUCUAAUAAGGGUCAGAAAUCGUUCAACAAUGCCUCCCAAGAUAAAGGUUUGAAAGUCAAAAGGUUUAUGGACACAAGAACUUCCUUCAGACAGGGUGCCCUUGCUCAGAGGAGGUCAAACUUUCAGGGAAAUCAGUUCCCUUUGGCAACUGAAGCUGCUAAAAAGGCUGCUGUUGCUCCAAUUCGCAACAGAGCUUCCAAUCGGAGUAGGCCAUUCAAUGUUAAUAAAUCAAGGGCUGGGGCCUUGACUUUCCAGAGGAAUUCUGCAACUGGAGCUGGCUUCAGUGUGAAGAAACCACUACAAAAACCAGUGCAGCAAGCGUCUCUAGGCUCCAAACAGAAGCCUCAAACCUUGGACUCGCUUUUUGCUAACAUGAAAGAACAAAGAAUGAGGGUCUUGUCUCAUCAGAAUAACGGGUCAAGAAGAAAUGGAAGGAGCCAGCCUGUAGUGCCAUGGGCGAGACGAUAUAGCCAAAACUAGUAGCUCCUCCAGCUUAGAUUACUUAUGAGAAGUGUUAUCCUGAAGUAUGUUGUCCCUGUCAAGCAAAAGGUUUUACUCGACUGGGAUUUCUAGUUCAAAAUGGAGAUUUUGUAUAGCAUCAAGUUAUGUUUUCCAAGCUGUUGGUGAAUUCUUCUAGCAUUGUUGAUGGAGUUGGCACUGUGUCGACUUUAUGUGUUACUGAGCAAGGAUCUCUUUACUUUGGGGCAAUUUGACAUGUCUGGUGCUGGGCUUGUGCACGAGGAUAACUACUUGGGUUGUCGUGUGGUUGGGUAUCUUGGUCCUCUUGACUGAUUUCCACUUGCAAUCAGUCUUAUCCUACAAAAUAGGCAAAAUGAUGGAUUAGUGUGUUGUUCAUUGGAACCAAAUAUGGAGUAUGGAGUUUGUUAGUUUUCAUUACAGCUUUUAGUCACAUGAAUUUGACAUUCGUGUUGCGUCUCAAAUCAGCGAUUCCUUUGUAUUAGUAUUACAUACAUCUAUUUGCAUCACUAAUUGUUUUUCAUUUA